AUUCACCACUUUUUUCCUUAUUUAUCAGACUCCAUCGAUCACUCUAUCUAACAGCACAACUAGCCAGCGUUUUAACUAACAUCUUAAAGGCUCCAUUUUUAAAGGGUCUUUCCAUUAUAUUCAUCUUAUACAUCAUUCCCUAGGAAGAAAGAAAAAAAAAAAACACGCACACACACAGUGACUGAUCUCUUGCUCUCUUUGCCUCCCUCUCUGUCUCUAUCUUCCCCCUCAGCUUGCUAGCUUCCAAGAAGGACGAACACAAACUCCAGCUUUUUUCUUCUGGAUCAAUUUUGCAGCAAUGGAAAUGGAGUCAUGUGUUCCUCCUGGAUUUCGAUUCCAUCCUACGGAGGAAGAACUUGUGGGAUACUACCUAAAUCGGAAGGUUAAUUCCCUCAAGAUUGAUCUUGAUGUUAUUGUUGACAUUGAUCUCUACAGAAUGGAGCCAUGGGAUAUUCAAGAUCUGUGCAAGUUAGGGUACGAAGAGCAGAAUGAAUGGUAUUUUUUCAGUCACAAGGACCGAAAAUACCCAACUGGAACUCGAACUAACAGAGCCACAGCAGCUGGAUUCUGGAAAGCAACUGGAAGGGACAAAGCAGUACUUUCAAAGGAGAACAUAAUUGGGAUGAGGAAAACCCUUGUGUUCUACAAAGGGCGUGCACCAAAUGGCCAGAAAACUGAUUGGAUUAUGCAUGAAUAUCGCCUUCAAACUACUGAACAAGCACCUCCUCAGGAAGAAGGAUGGGUGGUUUGUAGAGCAUUCAAGAAGCCAUGUCCAAGCCACAAGCAAGGUUAUGAAGCUUGGAGUAACGCUAACAAUUUCUAUCCAAACGAAAACUACCACCGGCGGCCGCCACCGUCGCCGCUCCUCCACAAUUCACUGACUUAUGCAAUAUCCAAUUUUCCGAGCAGCAGCAACGACGUCGUCGGUAGCUCCCAACAAUUUGCUAACUAUGCAGCCAAUCUCAACACUCAACAACUCGUUAAUAAUGUUGAGCUUCCACAACUUGAUCAUCACGAUAGCCCUUCUUCAAUGUCCACCGGUACUUUGGCAACAAAUGAUCAUCAUCAUUCUGGGUUGGAGAAGAAUAAUUUGGCCGGAGAAGAUAGUUAUGAAGAUGUGCAAAAUGGCUAUUUCCAGCAGCACCAAAAUGAUUGGAAGUAUUUGAAUGAUGCACCUUCAGCUUCUUCAUAUGCUUUCCAGAAUAAUCAGAACGUGUUGAUACCCCGCGACGAUGAAUUUUUGCUUGGAUACUUUACGGACUUGUAGCUAAUUGAUUCAACGACCACACUAAUCCGAUAAUUCUUUCCCUCCGUCCCAUAAUAUGUAACAGUCAUGUUUUUAAAACUAUUUUAAGAUAAAUAGUUUUGAAAACGUGAUUAUUAAUACUAUGGGAUGGGAGAGUGACCAAUCAAUACAAGAGCGGUACACCAAGUGAAUAAUGUGGCAAAAGAUUCUAAGUUUCCCAAUUUAAGGAGGGGAACACUAAUUGAUGUGGGAGGGAUUGAGAUUCUAACAAAUUGGUUUCUAACUUUUUGCCUUUUGGUUUGUAUUGUUUUUCUUUAAAUUGUGAAUUUCUUGUAUUGGCUGUAUACUUGAAUUUGAAUUGAUGAUAUACGUAGAGAGAUUUGCUGGAUUUUAAGUAGAGGGUUG